AUGGGCCCAGAGAUCACCUCCGUGACAAGUCGCGCUAAGAAGCCGUACGUCAGGAAGAAGGACAUUAUAUUAUUGUUGUGUAAAUAUGGGGGGGGCGGUCAUGUAGACUUUGAUGAUUUCUGCGAGUUAAUGGGGCCAAGGAUGCUGGCUGAGACUGCUCAUAUGGUCGGGCUGAAGGAGCUCCGCUGCGCCUUCAAACAAUUUGAUUGUGAUGGGGAUGGAAAGAUCACACAUGAUGAGCUGAAGGAGGGCAUGAAGAACCUCCUGGGGGAGAAGUUAAAGAAAGGCGAACUGGAGGAGAUCCUCAGCGACAUUGACCUCAACAAAGAUGGCAGCAUUGACUUUGAUGAGUUUGUUAUGAUGCUUUCUGCACGAUGA